AUGGCCGCCAACAUAUCACUUCAAUCUUCCUCCAUUCGAGAUGUCACCAAGAUGGAACGAAUUGGUGCACACUCACACAUCCAUGGACUAGGUCUCGACUCGAAUCUCGAACCUCGAGCCAACUCACAGGGAAUGAUAGGUCAAGGAAAAGCGCGAAAGGCUGCUGGAGUUAUAUUGAAGAUGGUACAAGAAGGUAGAAUAGCAGGUAGAGCGAUAUUGAUGGCCGGUCCUCCGAGUACCGGUAAAACAGCUUUGGCAAUGGGUAUGGCUCAGAAUCUAGGUUCAGACGUUCCUUUCGUCAUGUUGACUGCGUCCGAGGUGUUCUCACUGGAGAUGUCGAAAACCGAGUCUCUCACUCAAGCAUUUAGACGAUCCAUCGGUGUAAGGAUAAAGGAAGAAACAGAGUUGAUACAGGGUGAAGUGGUUGAGAUUCAAGUCGACAGGAGUAUCACUGGGGCAACCAAAACCGGACGAUUGACCCUCAAAACGACUGAUAUGGAGACAGUCUAUGAUUUGGGAACUAAGAUGAUCGAUCAAUUACAGAAGGAAAAAGUUUUAGCUGGAGAUGUGAUCAGUAUAGACAAAGCUUCGGGAAGGAUCUCGAAAUUGGGUAGAAGUUUCGGAAGGGCAAAGGAUUAUGAUGCCAUGGGAGCUGAUACCCGCUUCGUAGCAUGUCCAGAUGGAGAACUGCAAACGCGAAAAGAAGUCGUUCACACCGUUUCUCUACACGAAAUCGACGUGAUCAACUCUCGUACACAAGGUUUCUUAGCUUUGUUCGCUGGUGAUACUGGAGAGAUCAAACCUGAACUGAGAGAUCAGAUCAAUGGGAAAGUAGCGGAGUGGAGGGAAGAAGGUAAAGCUGAGAUCGUGCCAGGUGUCCUGUUCAUAGAUGAAGUUCACAUGUUAGAUAUAGAAUGUUUCUCUUUCCUCAACAGAGCUCUCGAAAAUGAAUUAGCACCUUUAGUAGUGAUGGCUUCGAACCGAGGUAUAACUAGAAUUAGGGGAACAAAGUAUAAAUCACCACAUGGUAUACCUGCAGAUCUAUUGGAUAGGAUGUUGAUUAUAAGCACAAAAAAAUAUGAGGAGGAUGAGAUAAGGGAGAUUGUCAAGAUCAGAGCCGAAGAAGAAGAUGUCAAACUUUCAACCGAAUCAAUCGAUCUCCUAUCAACUAUGGGAAUCCAGACAUCCCUUCGAUACGCUUUAAAUCUCAUUGCCCCAUCCAACUUGAUUGCUCAACGUAGAAAAUCAAAUACGGUAGAUAUCCAAGAUGUCAGAUUGGCGUACAAGUAUUUCUGCGAUGUCGAGAGAUCUGCUCAGUAUGCCAAGGAAACUAGUGGAAUGAUGUUUGGAGAGACUGAAGAGGAGAUUGGAGCGAAUGGAAAUGGAAUGCAGAUCGAUGGGCAGUAG